UUUCUCUCUGCUACAAUACAACAACACAAAGGACCCAUACAUAACAAAAUUGAAGCAGCAGCAGCAGAAGAAGAAUGGCAGCAGCUGCUACUCUCAUUAGAAACCAAUUAAUAGCGUCAGCUCUAAGCAACCACCUCUCUUUACCUUCUGAAGCUUUCUUGGGUGUAAAUGAGGGAGAUGAUAUUAAGAGCUUGUACAUUAACAUUUUGAAGGCAGCAGGCAAAGGGUUGCCCCAUAAACAAAAUGAUGAGGUGAUGAAGUGGAUAGAUUUUGCAGGUGGUUUUCCUGUCGACUCUUCAGCAUGCUUUGAAGCUCUCAUUGGACUGAAUCAAGACUUGACUCAGAAGACUGUAUUCUUGGGCACUGGAAUAACACCUUCUGCAGCUGAUGUUGUUGUUUUUGCAGCCAUUCAUUCUUCAGUGAUUGGCCUUCCCAUUUCGGAGAGGAAAACGUUGACACAUGUUAUGAGAUGGAUGGAUUACAUUCAGCACAAGGAAAAAAUGGUGGAUCUAUUUGAAAAGAUAUCGGUAGAGAAGCCAGCAUUUAAGCCUUUUUUGCAGAGCACAAAAGCUGUAAACAAGGUAGAGGUUGAUUCAAAUGCAAGCAAACCUUUGUCCGCCAAGAAUACUGAAAAAACAGAGGCAGAACAGAUUAAAAAGAAAAGUGAUGACGGGAAGAAGAAGGUUACAGAAAAGGAGUCUAUACAAGAGAAAAAGAAACCAGCUCAAACAGAAGCUGCUGAGAAAGACAAAGAUUUAAGCGUUAGUUUGCUGAACAUACAGGUUGGCCUCAUUCGCAAAGCAUGGAAGCACCCAUCUGCUGAUAGUUUAUUGGUUGAAGAGAUAGAUAUUGGGGAGGCCAAACUGAGGCAGGUAGUCAGUGGUUUGGCAAAGUUUUGUACUCCAGAAGAAUUGACGAAUCGCCUUGUGGUGCUGAUAACAAAUGUAAAACCUGGAAAGCUACGAGAUGUGGCGUCAGAAGGACUGGUGCUUUGUGCUUCUAAUGAAGACCACACUGUUGUAGAGCCUUUGCUUCCACCAGCAGGUGCUAAAAUUGGAGAACGUGUUUCAUUUUUGGGGUUUGAUGGGAAGCCGGAAGAUGUCCUAAAUCCAAAAAAGAAGCAGUUGGAGAAGAUAACACCGAAUCUUUUUACUGAUGACAAGGGUGUGGCCACAUUUAAGGGAGUACCGUUUAUGACAUCUGGCGGGCCAUGCACAUCAUCCAUUCCGAAGGCGAGCAUCAAAUGAUAAUGUUGCUCUAUUGGACCACACAAAACAACGUAGCUUACCUUUGCACCGGUUUUUAUUUCAGUUUCGAGCUCUAUUUGCUAAUAUUUGGUGCAAAAAGAUGCAUCCUAAAAAUGUUAAGGUAACAUCAAAUGUUUCACACUCGUUUUGUAAUCUGUCCAUACAGAAACUUCAAGUCUUUUAUCAUCCAAUGAUUAUUAUAUCAUAAGAAAUUUUGAGGUAUGCAAUAA